AUGAUAUUUUCAACUUUAGAGCAUAUAUUAACCCAUAUUACUUUUUCGAUCGUUUCAAUUAUACUUAUAGUUUAUUUGAUAACCUUUUUACUCGAUGAAAUCGUAAAACUGGAUGAUUCAUAUAAAAAAGGUUUGAUAAUAACUUUUUCCUGUAUAACAGGAUUGUUAAUGAAUCGUUGGAUUUAUUUGGAACAUUUUCCCUUAAGUAAUAUAUAUGAAUCAUUAAUCUUUCUUUCGUGGAGUUUUUCCCUUAUUCAUAUAGUUCCGUAUUUCAAAAAAAAUGCAAAUCUUCUAAGCACAAUAAUUGGUCCAAGUGCUAUUUUGACCCAGGGCUUUGCUACUUCAGGCCUUUUUACUGAAAUAGACAAAUCCACAAUCUUAGUGCCUGCUCUUCAAUCCCAAUGGCUAAUAAUGCACGUAAGUAUGAUGAUAUUAGGCUAUGCGGCUCUUUUGUGUGGAUCAUUAUUAUCAGUAUCGCUUCUGGUCAUUACAGUUAGAAAAAAGAGACAGUUUUUUUAUACGAGUAAUUAUUUAUUAAAUUUAAAUGAGUCAUUUUUCGUUGGUGAAAUUAAAUAUAUGAGCGAAGGAAAUAAUGUGUUCAAAAAUAGUUCUUUUUUUUCUGCAACAAAUUAUUACAGGUCGCGCUUGAUUCAAGAAUUGGAUUAUUGGAGUUAUCGCGUUAUUAGUCUAGGAUUUCUCUUUUUAACCAUAGGAAUGCUUUCUGGAGCAGUAUGGGCUAACGAAGCAUGGGGAUCCUAUUGGAGUUGGGACCCGAAAGAAACUUGGGCUUUUAUUACUUGGAUCAUAUUUGCGAGUUAUUUACAUACUCGAACAAAUAUCAAAUUUCAGAGUACAAAUUCAGCAAUUGUAGCGUCUAUUGGCUUUCUUUUAAUUUGGAUAUGUUAUUUUGGAGUCAAUCUAUUAGGAAUAGGAUUACAUAGAUAUGGUUCAUUUUCAUUCACAUCUAAUUGA